GGGGGGGGGGAGGCAGGCGCUUGACUUAGACAGACCCGUUUGGGGUCUUUUCUCUACGUCCGUCGCGUCGUCCGCUCCCUCGCUCGGUUCUAGGACCGGCGGCUGCGGAUACUCGGCCUUGCCUGGUUCAUGAUUUUUUCUCGUUCCUGGAUAAAGAUGGCAGCCAAUAAAGCAAUUCUGAAUAGACUGGAACAAAAGGGUGCAGAGGCUGAUCAAGUUAUUGAAUACCUAAAGCAGCAAGUUGCUCUACUAAAGGAGAAAGCAAUUUUACAGGCAACUCUCAGAGAAGAGAAGAAACUACGUGUUGAAAAUGCUAAACUGAAGCAAGAAAUUGAAGGACUUAAACAGGAGCUCAUUCAGGCUGAAAUUCGCAAUGGAGUGAAACAAAUACCAAUUCCAUCUGCUCCAUCAGUUCAAGCUAAUUCUACAUCCACACUUUCUGAAAAUAUAAUACAGUCCAUAUCUACUCCAGUCUUGCCUUCUGGUACCAAAGGAGAAGAAGAAGAAAAGAAAAAGAAAGAAAAUGUGGAAAAAAAAGGAGAGAAGAAGGAAAAGAAGCAAAAGCAGUCAGCAGCUGCAGCCUCUGACUCCAAACCAGUAGAUGUUUCUCUCCUGGAUCUUCGCAUUGGUUGUAUCAUCAGUGCCAAAAAGCAUCCUGAUGCAGAUUCCUUGUAUGUUGAAGAGGUGGAUGUUGGAGAAAAAGCACCAAGAACAGUUGUUAGUGGCUUGGUGAAGUAUGUCCCCCUUGACCAGAUGCAGAAUCGGAUGGUGAUUUUGCUUUGUAAUCUGAAGCCUGCAAAGAUGAGGGGAGUUGUAUCUCAGGCAAUGCUGAUGUGUGCCAGUUCACCAGAGAAGGUGGAAAUCUUGGAUCCUCCCAGUGGAUCUGUUCCUGGAGACAGAAUUACUUUUGAGGGAUUCCCUGGAGAGCCUGAGAAGGAACUAAAUCCCAAGAAGAAGAUCUGGGAGCAGAUCCAGCCUGACCUUCUCACUAACAACCAGUGUGUUGCAACAUAUAAAGGAGUCCCCUUUGAGGUGAAAGGGAAGGGGGUCUGUAGAGCUCAGACCAUGUCCAAUAGUGGAAUUAAAUAAAAUGAAAAAAAUCUUUGGCAGUUGAGACACUUAAAAGAAAUUUUGAUGGAAAGUACUGUAAGCACAAUAAAAAAAAAAAAUAUAUAUAUAUAUAUAUAUUUCUUCCAUAACCUUCUUAAAGGUUACUGACUCAUUUCUGUUCUUUCCCACACCUACCUACUAAUUAUGUGUCUCUAAUAUUUUGGGGGUGUAGUGGUUGAUCACUUAGAAAGCAAUUCACAUUUUUUACAUAUUUUGCAAUUAUUUUUAUUAGUUAUUCUUUAUAGAUCCACAAGCAAUUUGUUUUCAUUAUUGUUACUAUUGAUGAGAAAACUUAAAUAGGCUUUGAGAAGGGGGAGCUAGGUGACACCGUGUCUAGAGCUCUAGGCCUGGAGUCAGUCAGACCUGAAUUCAGAUUUGGACUGACACUUCCUAUGUGUGUGACCCUCAGCACAUCAGUUAACUUCUGUUUGCCUCAUAAAACAGUUGCUAUCCACCAGGGUUAUUUCGAGAAUUGAAUGAAGUAUUUGUAAAGUGACUGGCACUUAAUAAGUGCUAUAAGUCAUCAUGGUCAUGAAAUUGAUGAAAAUUCAGACCUUGAGUUUGAUAUCAUUGUAUUUUGUAUUAUAUGAGAACUUGGCUUUCUUCAAAAACGACAUCUUGGACCCUUUGUUGCCUACCUAUGUUGUAGUGUUCUUGAGAUUGAGAAACAUAUGAUGACCUAAGAGAAGCAAGCAUCCUAAAAAUCAGGAUGACCCAACACUCUUACUUUUCCUCUGUAACCCAGUAUACCUUUUCCUCGUACAUUAGGUAUUUGAUAUUUGAUUUGUCUUCAACUAAGAUUCUCCAUUACAGGUUGAAUAACUAAUGACUAACCUUUGACUAGCUCUCCCUUGAGCAACUCAAGAUUCUACAGCUUAUUGUUUAAAAUAAGGGUUCUUAACCUUUUUUUGUGUGUCUUGGCAGUCUGUCGAAGCCUGUGGAUCUCUUCUUGGAAUAAAACAAAACACAUAGAAUUACAAAAGAAAGUGAUUAUAUUGAAAUACAAUUAACAAAAAAAAAUGAUUUCAUAAACUCCCAAGAGCCCUUGAUCUAAAAGAACUACCUUUAAUGUUCACUUGCUUUUUAAUAUAAGGUUAAAUGAUCUCAUAUUCUGCUAUGUCAACAUAUUUAAAGUAAUCAUAGUUAAAACUUGACAUGUAAUAUUUAAUAGGUAAUUUAACUACACAUGUAGUGGAGGAUCGGAGUAUGGAACAAUUAAGAAUAACUUUUUGGGCAAAUGAGAAAAGAGAAUAGGGCAAAUUAUAAGUUACUCAGUAGGCAUUGGGCAGCUAGGUGUUGCAGUGGAUAGAGUACCAGGCCUGGAGUCAGAAAGAGUUAUCUUCCUGAGUUCAAAUCUGGCC